GACAAAGGAAAAGAAAGUUACAUUUAUGACUUUUGUGACAUCGCCCAUCCAAAUGAGCUAUUGGAUGCGCUGAGAGAAUUCUACUUAGGUAACAUCUUCACAGAUACCACCCUACAAUGUGACAAAGGACAAGUCUUUCACUGUCACAAGGCAGCUUGGUUAGCUCGCAGCUCUUAUUUUAGUCAUGUUCACAGCCGACAUCAAGGAGCAGUCAAACAACCUCAUCAAACUGACUGGGAUUGAUUAUGAAGUUCUGUGUGCUCUGGUGAACUACCUAUACACUUCCAGGGUGAGCAUCACUGAGACAAAUGUACAGAGCCUGCUGGAGGCAGCAGACUUCCUACAGUUCAACUCCGUGAAGAAUGACUUCCUUAUACGCUUCCUGGAUGUGGACGACUGCCUGGGUAUGCACUAUUUUGCUACGCUGCACAUCUGCCCUGAGCUGAAGUGGGAGGCACGAAGGGUAAUGCUCAGCAGGUUCCAGGAGCUCAUACAACAGUUCUUAGAGGUGGACUACGACAAGCAGAGUUCAAUCAUGUCUGCUAAGAACCUCAACAUAUGGAAGGAUGAAGUUCUCUUGGAUGCUGUGGUCAAAUGGGUCACCCAUGACUUUCUUAACCGUGUUGAUCACAUUCAGGACCUACUCUGUUUUAUCCAUCUUGAGCUGGAUGAGAUGCACUUCAAGACUGCCCUGGAUGUACAGAGACGAUGCUUACUGGCCAAUGAGGGGAAAGUAAGGGAAUUUAUUAUCCACGCUUUGAAGACCAACUGCAAAGAGACUUCAGCAAGCAGGAAAAAACUGUCCUCAAGCAUGUAUGUUAUUGGAGGGUACUCUGUGAAGUCCACAUAUGGGAUCCAUUAAGCAAC